GCAGGCCAUGGCCGAAUGACAUUUUGGAUUCCUGUCAUUUACCAUUGAUUCUUCAAAGUGGUACUUAUUCUGCAAAACUAUACAAAAACGUCAAAAAAACAUUGAAAGUAAUGGAGACUCCGUAUAAAUCAUCCAAAUUAGAUUAUGACGAUUACACACGCCGCGUCAACAAUGCCGUGUUCAUCUCGAAAAACCGUGAAUCCUUGGAAGAAAGUGAAUCCGAUGAGAAUGAAACGUGUUCAAUCGUAUCCGGCGUAUCAGAGCGAACCCUUAAACCAUGCCUGAGCGUUGCGCUUGAGGAAUACAACUCGGAUUCCAGUACCUGUACCACGGUUGGUAGAAUUUUGCCACGCCGUAGGGAAUACGACCCGGAGGCGUACAACAAGUGGUUAAAGUCCAAAACCGAAUAUGAGCGCAAAAAGAAAGAAAAAGAAGAACGACGCAAGAAACGUGAGGAAACCAAAAAACGGCUCGCCGAAGAGAAACGGAAGCAAGAAAGUGAGGAAAAGUUGAAGCGCUGGAUAGAACGCAAAGAGAAGGAAAAGCAGAUGAAACUUCAAGCAGAACAUGCAAAAAAUAGAGUAGCGGAACAAAGUAAUUCGCGAAAGAAGUGGAUACCGACUACCGAAAGUGAAACAACCUUUAGGGCAUGGCGAAACCGGGUGGAGCAACAGCAGAAAGAUAUUCUAACCCAGUCACACCUUUCAACACCAGAGCGAAAACUCCGUCUGGUGACCAAGCAACGCAUGGAGGACGAGCUGAGACAGGAACGGCAGCAUCUCUCCAAUCAUUUCUACAACGAGUGGCUGAAAACAUCUGCCUCGAAGCCGAAACCGGUGCCACUGAACCAGGGAAUCGACAGCCUUCGGGGCUCCAUCAGCAAAAUGUACAUCAAUCCCGUCCCGUGGAAGAGCAACACCGACUGAACGAGUCGCGGGAGUUGUCUAAUGUCUUCCUGCGACGCGACCUUUAGCGCGCCUCCCCCCCAAGCGUAUGCACCAGUAGCAAUUAGCCUUGAUUGUUAGAGAUAAUAAAUUUCCUGUUA